AUGAAAAACAAAUAAUUCAAAGAGAUUUUGAGUUUAUAAGUAGUUAAAGUAGAGUUAACUUAAAAAGUAACUAAAAUUAACGCUUAAGAACCAAUACAUUAUGGAGUUAUUGUAACAACUCAAAAUUAAGAAUAAUAUGUUCUUCAUAAUGGUCAUAAAUUUGGAAAAGAUUAAGACUUUGUUUUAACAAGCUUUUGUAAUACUAGUAAUAGUUUGGAAAUAUUUAAAACUUAUGAAUUAGAUAAACCUAUUAAAUUAGAAGUAUUUUUUUUAGCUGGAUGUUGUGGAUAGAAUAUGAGAUAUCAUCCUAAAUACAACAACAGUAAACAUGCUUAAGAUAGAAUUUUGCAGAAAGUCAAAGAGUUAACUAAUCAAAGUCAAUUAAUAGUUCAAUGA